CAUCCGGCGACACGUCUCUCAAAUAUAGCUCAGCGAACCGUUGGAUACGUCGUUAUUAAUUUAAUCCUUUCUGGGCUUUUCAUUAAUAUGAAAUGUUGUUUCUUUGACGUGUUGAGUGUCAGCCUGCUAGUUUGAAGUGUUUUAUUUUUAAACUAAGGGCGCCUUAGUCAAGCCCAGGACCUCAAAUGGGUGAGGUGAGGAAGCUGCAGAAGAAGUUGAGACAGAUUGAAAAUCUGGAAAUAAAAAUCAGUCUUACCCCAGAGGAGAGAUUCAAGAUCUCCAGGAAGGCGGAGCUGCGUUCCAGAUUGGCUGAGCUUCAGCUGCAGCUUUCUGGCCCGCAGCAAACUCUGGGGAUUGUGGGAGACGGAAAAAAGGAGAAGAUGAAAAGACAAGUGGAGGAUGCCCCCGAGGCCCUUCCAUCACAAAUGCCUCCAGCCUCCAAGAUCCUUAGGGGAGAAAAAGAGUCCAGAGCUCGAGAAACGCCAGCGCUGGCUGCCAGGCAGAGGGAAACAGGAGGGGGAGCGGAGACAGGCGGAUGGCAGGAGAGGACGGAGGAGCCCGUGAAGGUGUCAGAUCACUGCCCAGAUGUUUCAGGAGGCGAUUUGGAGUCUGACAACAUGGACCAGGAAGAGGCAGAAUUUACAUCCCUCCAGUUGUCGUGGGAGAAGACGAAGUUCCGCCUGAGGCUGUUGGAGGGCCACAAUGACAUUGUCACCUGUGUGGUUGCUGUUGACAACCUGGUUGUUUCUGGAAGCCGAGAUACGACAGUCAAGGUGUGGCACGUUCCCACAGCAACGGAGCACAAGAACCUGGGGGGUCACACUGGUGGGGUCACCUGUCUGUCUGCGCCUCCCCCUGAGUACUGCAGGAGGCUGGCCUGGUCCCUGUCUCUGUCCGACAAGGAGAGAUUUAUUUUGAGCGGCUCGGCAGACUGCUAUGUGAAGAUCUGGGCCCUGAGCAUUGGGCAGUGUGUAAAGUCGAUCUACACGUUUAACACUGUGACUGCGCUCUGCUUUGUGCCAGAGGGAGACGGCUAUAUCAUCACUGGGUCAGAUGGGGGGAAAGUUCAAGCCUGGAGCUGGCACAUUUUCGAGAACUGCCAGUCAAUCAAUGCUCACCAGGAAGCAGUCACCUCCAUCCAGUCUCAGGGUCCACUGGUGUUCAGUGGCUCGGCUGAGGGAGGGGUGUCUGUGUGGGAGAACCGGUGUUCGGAUCGAGACCCCCUGAGGCUGCUGCACCACUGGAGCGGCCAGGUGACGGGCUGUGGAGGGGGGGCGGGGGGCCGCGUGACCCUCAGCCCACGGGGAGAUCGAGUGUUUCUGGCUCAUGGUCGAGCCUGGCUCAAGAUCCUGCACUGGAGGAAUGGAACCAUGUCCAGACUGACCAAUCACAGCAGCAUCGUCGGGGUAACAGAUUGUGUUCACCAGACAGGAGGCCUCCUAAUUGGCUCCUGCUACGAUGUGGCAAAUGGAGAGAGUUCACUGAACAUCUUCUCUUUGCCUCAGUGUCGGUACCUGGCCUCUCUGACCUGGCCUCACGCUCCCAGGAUCCUCUGCUUUGCAGCAUGGACCACAGGGAGUGGAGACCACCGCUGGGUCACAGGAGGUCGAGACCUCAUCGUAUGGGAACAGCUCCCGAGUUCUGGGAAGCAAAGGGGUGACGUCACAGUGAGGAGAGACAAUCGGUUGGAGUCCUGCUCACUGGAGUCAGAGGGAGACACAGAAGAUGACGAGGAGACUGAUGUCCUAAUAGCCUUACCCCACUUCCUAACCCCCAAUGGACAUCACGUGACUGCAAAGAACCUAAAGAACUAUGGACACUUAGCACCCUCAACGAAUGCCAUAUUGCUGAUUAGCAGAUAUGGUACUGUCAAUAUGCACACUAACUUUAGCAUCCGCUAGCUAGCUAGCCUGUUACUAGCAACAACGGCACGUUUUAAUUAAGAAAACGGCAGUUACAGUAAAAUAACUUGUUUUCUUAAAGGGAACAAUGUUAAAAUAACAUACACAUUAAAUGAAUUUAAAACUAAGAGAAAAUAGCCAUCAAAUUUGUUGACAUUUGUUUUCUUUUCCUGUAAGUGUAAAAUUGCUGUGUGCGAUUUAGGAAAACACUAACCUGACAUAAUUAAGAAUUGUGUACCUUGUUUAAAUAUACUGUGAUAAACAGAAAUAUAUGAUUUGUGAUUUUUUUUUUUCUUCAAAUUGUAUUCUGAUUAGAGUUAAUAUGAGCCAAUGAGGGAUUACCAUUUUGAUGGCCAGUGGGUUCAUCAUGUUCUUACUGGUUUCUGUUGGAGCUGUUAUUGUACUGUUAUCAUUACCUUUCUUUAAAUUAUGACUUUUACUCGUAUGUUUGGACUUUAAUAGUGUAAUUUAUCAAGAUCCAGACAGAUAAAUAGAUAGACAGACAGAAAGACAGACAGACAGCUAGAUGUCGUGACGAAUCC